UCCCGCUAUCACCAGCCUGUUACGUUGCGUUCGUCACGCCACGUGUUCAUUUGGCAUCCCAGUAAGUUCUAGUUCUACCCAUCGUCGCGCAGACUUCUUCACCUCCCUCUUCUCUUCUGCCUCUCCUCUGUCCCGUCAGUAAUCGGAAGGGGAAGAAAUCGGCGAUAAGGGGGGUUUCUUAGAGAUCUACUCCGCCGUCGUCGCCGCCAUGGAUCGCCCCUCCGUUGGAGGUGCUACUGUGCUGCUGCUACUUUACGUCAUGUCUGUCGUUGCCGUUGCUGUCUCUGCACCGACCUCCUCGUCUUCGUCGCCAGCAUCGCCUGGAUCUGACUCCUCUGCCGUCACAUUGGCCGGCGUGUCGAAUUCUACCGGGCAGAUUAACUCCAAUUCCGUCCUCGUUGCCCUUCUCGACUCACGCUACACUGAGCUGGCGGAGCUGGUGGAGAAGGCCCUCCUUCUCCCGUCCCUCGAAGCCGCCGUUGGCCGCCAUAACCUCACUAUCUUUGCCCCCAGAAACGAGGCACUCGAGCGCGAUCUGGACCCUGAGUUCAAGCGCUUCCUCCUGGAGCCCCGGAAUCUCCGCUCCUUGCAGACACUGCUUCUCUACCACGUUGUCCCCUCCCGUAUUGCUUCCGGAGUCUGGCCUCAGGCCCACCACCCCACCCUUGCCGGGGAUCACCUUCACUUGGAGGAUAAUAAGGUCGGCCUUGCGGCCGUGGCGCACCCGGACGCGGUGAUUCGCCCCGAUGGUGUGAUCCAUGGAAUCGAGCGGUUGCUGGUGCCUAGAUCCGUGCAGGAGGACUUCAAUCGUCGGCGGAGCCUCGCUGCCAUUUCUGCUGUGCUUCCUACCGGUUCGCCGGAGGUUGACCCGCGCACCCAUCGCCUCAAAAAGCCGGCGCCGCCGGUCCCCCCUGGUGCCCCACCAGUGCUCCCUAUCUACGACGCUCUAGCCCCUGGUCCUUCACUGGCGCCUGCCCCCGCGCCUGGCCCCGGAUCCGGGAAGCAUUGGUUCGAUGGAGAGAGCCAGGUGAAGGACUUCAUCCAGACACUCCUCCUUUACGGUGGCUACAACGAGUUCGCCGACAUCCUGGUUAAUCUUACGUCGCUCGCUGUCGAGAUGGGCCGGUUAGUGUCGGAGGGCUACGUGCUGACUGUACUGGCGCCGAGCGACGACGCCAUGGGGAGGUUGACGGCGGACCAGCUCAGCGAGCCUGGCGCACCGGAGGCCAUUAUGUACUACCACCUCAUCCCGGAGUACCAGACGGAGGAGAGUAUGUACAACGCUGUGCGAAGGUUCGGGAAAGUGCGCUACGACACUCUGCGGCUGCCACACAAGGUGGUGGCGCGCGAGGCUGACGGCUCCGUCAAAUUCGGCUCUGGCGAGGGCUCAGCCUACUUAUUUGACCCGGACAUCUACACCGACGGCCGCAUCUCCGUGCAGGGCAUUGAUGCAGUCCUCUUCCCACCAGACGAGACGCCACCAGCCACUCCCCUUUCCCCCGCCGCCCGCAAGGCCGAGGUCGCCCAGGUCAAAUCCAAGUCCAAGCUCAAAGCCAAACUCAGAAGAGGUAAAUUAUUCGAAAUGGGAUGCAAUUUGCUUGGGGUGUUGGGUCAACGCUCUAACUUUGCCACCUGCCAAUAGACAGAAUGAAAUAAGAUUUAAGGUAAAAAAAAUGAUGCACCUGCCCCCUCCGUUGUGUAGAUAAUAAAAAGUGUUCUUCCACAGUGGGGGAUGAAUUGUGUUUGCAUAUUUGUAAAGGAAAUGUUCUUUUUGUAUUGAUUGUCGUCAUUUUUGUUUUGAUACAAAGUCAAAUUCCAGAUAAUGGUCUCAAAAGAUUUCCUUCUUAUUCAUAUUAAUAAUGGUAGAAAUGUGAAUGGAAAUGGACGAAAGAGAAAUGUGAAUGGAAAGGAGAAAUGUGAAUGGACAAGGAUGAAGGAGAUUAUUUUGUAUAUGAGUUUAGUCUUAUAUUAAAAGUUUUAAGGUAUUAUUGUUGGUUUA